AUGAACGGGGGUCAGAAGCUGAAGCCUGUGGUGUCGCGGCGCGGCGCGGCGCCAGGGCAGCCGCCUCUGCUGCCCACUACCGCCCCCGCAUCCUCUUUUGCCAUCCACUUUACUUUUCUUCCACACCUUUGCCAGUGCGAGUCGAAGCCCGGGCCGUGCCCUGAGCCCUGCGGGUCUCCUGUUGCAGAGAGCGAGGGUGAGGAGGAGGCGGGGGCCCUGACGCAGACCGCCGCCCCCGCCGCCCCCGCCGGCCCCGCCGCCCCCGCCGCCACGGCGCCCAGUAUGGCGGACCACUACGACGUGGAGGGCCAGGCUCUGGGGGUGGGCCUGGGGGCGGGAGCCGCCCCCGCCGCCCCCCGGCCGCCACCCACGGCCAACGCGGUUCCCGUGCCCUCGCUCAUCGAGAGGCCGCCCGAGGUCGACAAGAAGGUCAAGAGCGUCCAGCCGGAGCGUGGGCCGCCCGCCGUGGGUCGCGCCUCACUGCCCGGCCGGCCCGUCUGCUGGCGAAGGCCGAGGCCCGCGCUGGCUACCGCCGUGUCGCCCUCCACACACCGAGAUCGGGUGCUUUACCCCUCUCAGUAA